AUGUGUAAAAAGAUUGCUCAAUUGACGAAAGUAAUCCAUUCCCUGACGGUGAAACAAUGGGAGGAAAAGAAAAAGGCAGACUUUACAGAGAGCUUGAUUUCACGUAACGAUGCAAUUAUGUCUGAUCUCAGAAACAGAUUGAAAAGUGAAGAAGAAACGAAGGCAAGCAACGAGAGAUUAAUAAUUUCAUUAAGAGAACAGUUAGCAAACAGCCAGAAAGAAUCAGCAGAUUUGAGACAGCUCUACGAAGCUACAUUGAAAUUACUAGCAGACAACAUGAGAGAUAUAAACACAAAGCAUAAAAACGAUUUGAAAACCAUCGAAAAGACAUUUAACAAACUUAAAAAUGAGAUAGUACUAACCCAUUUCAACGAAUUCCAAUUGAAAAUGGAGACAUUCUUUAGAGAUAAAAUUGAUCUUCAACAGAAAGUGAAUAAGAAUCAACAUCUACAUAUUUCAAAUGUCAACGACCUCAAGCUGAGAAUUGUCGAACUUGAACGAGAACUUACUGAAAGAACGACGGAAAUUUCUAACUUAAAAUCAAAAUUAGAAAGCGAAAAAUCGGAAAUCGCUAUCCUAAAUUAUGAUAUCUCGCAUUUAAAGGAAAAAAUUAGAGUAGAAGAUUUGGCCAAAAGAGCAAACGCUGUCGAUAAAGAAACCAACACGAGUUCUAACAUUAUAAAUGUCAACAACUCAGAUAUAACCAACCAAUCAUCAGAACGAUCACCACCAUCAUCAUCCCAUUCAUCAUCAUCGUCUUUCGUAACGUCAUCAUCAACGUUUUCAUCACCAUCUUUUCUAACACCAUCAACAUCGCCGUCACCAAAUUUAAACAACGAUAUUGACAGAAACGUAACAUCGGCGUCAAACAACCUCGACAUUAUGUUGAAAAAUCUUUCCAACAAUAUCAACGAUGCUAAAAAUGUUGCAAAAACAUUAUGGCAGCUAAUUCUCAACAGCAAUAACAAUAACUAUAAAAGCAAAAAUACUAUAAUAAAUAAAACUGGUAACAAAUUGAGAAGAAAUAAUAUUAGUAGCAACUUGAAUUGA